AUGAAUACAUCUUUCUUUUAUGCUUUUUUGAAGAAGCGUAAAGCUGAAAAUGGUAUUGUCUCCUUUAUCGCGGAAGAGGGCAGAUUAGUUGAUAAUUUUUCUGAAGUUGUCUCUCAUUUUGUUGAUCACUUCAGAGGCUUUUUAGGGAGCUCAAGUUCUGCUACUGGUAGGAUUAAACUUCAGAGUAUAGAGAUGGGUUCUAAGCUUUCCUUUGAUCAACAGCUGAUGCUUCGUAAACCUUUUUCUCGGAAGGAGAUCUGUGAUGCAUUAUUUGGUAUUCCUAUAACUAAAUCCCCAGGACCUGAUGGUUUUGGUUCAGGCUUUUUCAAAGCAGUUUGGCAGGAUAUAGGGGAUGAAGUCUGUUCAGCAAUAAGUCAUUGUUUUGAACAGGAUCUAAUAAAAAACUAUGGGAGGGCCUCUACUUCUCCAAGAUGUGCAAUCAAGAUUGAUCUUAGUAAGGCCUAUGACACAGUAUAUUGGAGAUUUCAAGGUAAAUUUAAAGGUGAGAAGGGGCUGAGGCAAGGAGAUCCUAUGUCUCCUCUUUUGUUUGUUCUUAUAAUGCAAUAUUUGACUAGGAGUCUUCAACUAGCAGUGCUUAAUUCUACCUUUAGAUAUCACCCAAUGUGCAAAAGCCUCAAGCUUCUUAAUCUGUGCUUUGCGGAUGAUUUGCUCUUAUUUUGUAAGGGUUCUCAUUCAACUGUUAGUAUUAUUAGGGAGGUUCUAGAGGAAUUCGGAGCUGCUACUAGGCUUUCUAUUAACUCAGAAAAAUCUCAUAUCUUUUUUGGAGGAGUCAUUGUCACUGAGAGGAAUCAGAUUGCUCAAGAAAUUCAACUGUCUGAAGUUAAGGAGAUAGAAAAGUUAUGUAGAAGUUUUCUUUGGUGUAAUUCUGGGCAUAGGAGUAAGCUGCAUAUUCCUUCUUGGCAGAAGGUUUGCCUUCCUAAAGCCUAUGGUGGUCUUAGUUUUAGAGAUGGAGCUAGUUGGAAUAGAGCUAUUUUAGCUAAAUAUGUCUGGGCCAUUUCUGAAAAACCUGAAGUGUUAUGGGUUAAAUGGAUCAAUUCCACUUAUCUGAAAGGUUUAAAUUUCUGGAACUAUACUCUGAAGUCAGAUUGUAGCUGGUAUUGGAGGAAGCUCUUCCAUCAAAAAGAAAGAUAUAGCCCUGCUGCAAUUCUUAUUGCUGGUGGUUAA